AUGUGGGACUGGAUUGAUUACCAAGAAGAAGAGAAUAAAGAGCAGGAUUUUAAACUGGAUUUUAAGCCUGUUACAAGAACUAAAGAUCCACUAGCAGGAGAUGAACCUGUUGAGGUGGAUAGUGAGAGUGAUAGUGAGGAAGGGGAUUUGUAUCCAGAUGAAGAUGCUCUUUUUGAGAAAAAGGUGAAGACAUAUCAAAAAGAUGCUGAAGCUGCAGUAGGAUUCCCAGAAGAAAAGCAGGAGUAUGAGUCUUCCCCUUGUAUGGAUGAUGUGCUUGAGGAAUAUGAGAGUCAUACCAAAGGAAAGGCUCUCAAGCCUAUCAAGAAAGGAAUAGGCAUCAUGCUUCAUGGUGAUCCUAAAUUCUUUGAUGAAACUCAAGUUGAUGGUUAAAAUUUAAGUAUUACCUAAAUGUAUUAACCCUUUCUUCAAUCCUGG